AUUGCGCCCCCGUGCGGGUACAAGAUAGUAAUACAUUAAUAUAUAUGCAGCCUGGGCUACUACUGCUCAGGAUUACGGUAACAUCACCACUUCAAUAACGUGACAAGUGCAACGACUGUUAAAAUAACCCCGAAAUGGACAGUAUCCUGGAGAUAAUUAAGGCCAAGUCAAACAAUUGUAAAUUGUUUUAUAGUACAGAGGGCUAGCUAGCCAAAUUAGCUUUAAAGUCUGGAAAGCCUCAAAUGUAACGUUUAACAACAUCAGAGGUGCUAUUUGUCAUGAGAUAACGUUAUGCGCUUACAGUCAAUAAACCCUCUAUAAUGAUCCAGGAACAGUAGCUGCACUCGGCUAUUCAAACUUUACACAAGGCCAUGAAUGAAGAACUGAUCCGAAAUCAGCCACCUCGGCACCGGAUGUCGGUUAAGCGCCGUUUUCGGGAGCGACUCGUCGAGGAAAUAUCUUCCGCCGUAGAGAACAUUUGUGGAGGGCUGCCAUUUUAGCGACCUUACGCACAAAUGAAUUAUGGGUGUCAACGUGGUCCAGCUCACAUCUAAAUCUCACCAUGAAAACAUCCUGGCCUCUCUGCAUCAGAUGAGGCUGCAAGGACAGUUUAGUGAUGUUACAGUCCAGGUAGACUACCAGGGAGACGUGCAGGAGUUUCAGGCCCACCAGGUGGUGCUUGCAGCCUCCAGUGGCUACUUCAAGAAGAUCCUUCUCUCUCAGGAUGCAGCCCGAGACAAAUUAUCACUCUCAAAUAUGCACUCCAACAACUUCUCCAAGUUUUUGGAAUUUGUGUAUACUGGUAAAGUUGAAGUUGCCAGAGAUAAGAUUGGUGAUGUUCAAGCAGCGGCACAGUUGUUGGACUGUGAGGAUCUUGCAGAGGUUUGUGGUGAGGCCAUGAGUGCGGGAAUUCUACAAAACCCAGCAAAGAAAUCGUCUGCAUCAAAGGUUGUAGAUAAAGAUGACUCACAGGGUGACAAGAAAGAAAAAAGGGCCAAUGGGAGAAAGCAGCCUGAAAGUUUAUUUCAUAAGCGGCAGCUCUCUCCACGGAGCCCUGUGAAAGAAGUAAUAUCAAAAAGAGUAAAGAUAAAGGACACAAUAAAGGAUGAAAAAGGAGGACAGGUAAAGCAGAGGUUGGCUGGCCGUAAAGCCCUUCAGAGAAAUACUAAAAAAGAGGCUUUUAACAAUGAAAACCAAGUUACCACUGAAGACACAGAGGAGUAUGAGGACAGGACUGAAGGUGAUGCUCAGCCAGAGAAACAACCAGAGAAAGGAGCUGAGACUUCGGGAAUGAUAGUCUCUGAUGUGGUUGGCUGGGAAUGUGAGGACGAUGUGCAGAGUAAUGAUCCUGAAGACCCUCUGCUGUUAUCUGUGGGGGAGGAGGAGGAGGAAGAGGAAGAAGAGGGACAGUCCAAGGAGACGUCAAAAAGACCAUCCAAAGCCCAGUUCCAGUGUAACAAGUGCCAACGGACCUUCCACUACGAGAGAAGCUACUUGAAGCACAUCAGCACAUACCAUGGAGUGAAAGCCGAUGUUAUCUAUCGCUGUGAGACCUGCCUGCAGACCUUUGCUAACCGCAGCAACUUGAAAAUCCAUGAAAAGCAUGUCCACAGUAAUGAGAGGCUUUUUGCAUGUGACUUCUGCACAAAGACCUUCAAACGAAAGAAGGAUGUUGUCCGCCAUCAAAGACAGGUACAUGAACGUAACAAUCUGCGUCAUGUCUGCUCUGACUGUGGAAAGACACUCAGCUCCAAAACUGCUCUGUUGUUGCAUGGGAGGACACACACAGGCACAAAGCCCUUUGAGUGCACUGACUGUCAGGCCAGGUUUACCCAGAACUCUGCACUCAAGAUGCACCGCAGGACUCACACGGGAGAGAAGCCAUUUGCAUGUGAUGAGUGUGAGUCCCGGUUCACUCAGAAGCACAUGCUGGCCUAUCAUAAGAGAUCACACACGGGAGAAAAGCCUUUCAUGUGUGAGGCAUGUGGGAAAAGCUUUGCAUCUAAAGAAUACCUAAGGCACCAUUCGAACAUCCACACUGGGUCCAAGCCAUACAAGUGUGAACAGUGUGGUCGAGGCUUUGCUCAGAGGAAUUCUCUUCACCAGCAUUUAAAAAUACAUACAGGUGAGCGUCCGUACAGCUGUAAAGACUGUGAAAAGCAGUUCACCCAGCUCAACGCCCUCCAGAGGCACCAGCGUAUUCACACAGGAGAGAAACCCUACAUGUGUGGCCUAUGUAACCGCACCUUUACAGACAAGUCCACCCUUCGCAGGCACACUAUGAUUCAUGACUCAGAUGCUCCCUGGAAGAACUACCUGGUGGUGCUGGAGGGAAAUGUGGAGGACAAGAAACCCAGAAGUCCCACUAAGGGAAAGACAGAAAAAGCAGGAGCAGGGGAGAAAAAGAGUUCAGCGAGAAAAAGUGGUGGUACUGCUGGUGCUGCCGGUAAAACCAACAAUGACUCCACUGUGGUUUCAGCUGAACCAGUCACUCUCCCAUCUGAGUGGACAAGUCAUGGAACCAUUGCUCUGGUCAGUCACGGUGCCCUCGGCGGGAUCACUGUCAUCCACACUGAAGUGCCACCUGGGACACAGAUCCAGCCCAUUAUGACCACUGACAGCACAGGGGCCAGUGUCAUUUCCUUAGAUGGUUCCACCAUCCCUGUCCCCUUCUCUAUACCUGUGUCUAUGGCUCAUCCUACCCCCUUGUCCUCUGAAUCCUCAUCCACCGUUUUGUCUGUACCCUCAGUUCUCACGGUUCCUGUUUCUGAAGGCACAUUGGCGUCAGUCUCGGAGAUCCAAACUGUUUCAACGUCAUCUGUGCUGGAAGCUGCUGUUUCGCAGACCAUUUUGGCUCCGGUUUCAGACACUAAGACCACUUCUGAGAUGGAUAUAUUACACCCUAAUAUUCAGACUGUGAUUGUCACUGACAAAGCUUGUGGAAAAGAACAAGCAGCAGCUGUCCAAAGUGAUGGACAGCAAAGGACAGCAGAUAACUCUUUAGGUGAACCUAAAGAUCAAGAAGCUUUGUAGAAAAUGCAUCUAAAUAUUUCCAGCCCCUCACUUAAUGAUAUUUGUUGUAUAUACUUUGGAAUUAGCAAUGUCUGAAUGUGUGUUCUGACUGCAGUGUUUCAUCAUAAUCAUAAUCUAAAAUCCAGUGUUUCAUUAACAGUCACUUGGAUGUGAUGUUCAGUGUUUAUCACACCCUUUGGGAAACUCAAGGUAUGCAUUAAGAAUCACAAGUUUUAGUCACAAGCUUAUGAGAUAUAACUAAGGUGUAAUCAAGAUUAUUAUAAUUAAUGAUUGAAAUAAUAUUGUACAGGUCUCAUAAUGUACAGUGUUGAAUGCGGCAUAAAUCAUAUUGAAUACAAAUGAAAUUAAGUUGAUUGUUAGUUCAUUACAUAUAAUGGCAAACAUCACAUCAGGUUCAGUACAUUUUAGCCCUCGUGUUAAUAUCAGACACAUGUUCACCAUACAUCAUGUACUGCAGGAGUUACAACCUGGACGGUUGUGGAGGAUCAUGGUCUGGGAACCUUGUCAGAAGUCCUUGGCAGCUACAGAACAGCACUCCAGUGAAUCCUCAAGUAGCUUUCCAUACACCUUUUGGAAUGACAACACGCUUUUCACAACUCUGUUGAUUUAUCUUGGUCUGAAUGUAAAUGAAUUAUCUUAAAUCCUUCAGAAUCCUGGCGCUUUACUCUCUUUGGAACAGUUUCCAUAUAACUACAGCUGUGUUUCAAAGUAUUUGUUAUGUUCAGCAGACACUCCAUAUUAUCCCAGAGGAUUUUUGAGUCUGCCUCCACUUACAGAACUUCUGGAAAGAAAAUAACCUCUAAAGUUUGUAAGUUUAAUUAAAUGAAAUUAGACUGAAACUAAUUGGUAUCUUCUUUCCAAAUGUAGAUUUGUUUUAUUUAUUGUACCCAAUCGAAACAGUAUUAUUAAUGUGGAUGCUUGCAAAGAAGGUAUGGAGAAAGGAAAUGCACACUAAACAAGAUGUAGACGUUGUAUAAGAACAGGACACAAUCAUGUCAAACCUAGGUCACAUUGUUCUCUGUCACAGGUCGUUGGUUAAAUUGAUUUCUGUAAUCUAUUGCCCCAGCAAACUUCACCCAUCAAAUCAAACAGCAUAAGGUUACAGUCAGACAGGGCAGCAGAUGAAAAUAAUAGAUCAAUAAAAGUAUACAUGAGUUUAAUUAUAUAUAAAUCCAAGCACAGCAUUAGCAACAUGCAUUUUAUUUAGUGGGCUUAUAAAUACAACUCUCAAAAUACAGACUGUAAUACAUUUAUAUUAUUGUCCUUUUUGUGAUUAUACAUUAUUCAACUGAUCCUAUUGGGCCUUCUUUAGUAUAGGUUUUUGAACGGUUGGUGCAAGAACCUGUACUUUGGUUCUAGUAUUGAACCGAAGCUAUUUUGCAAAAAUAGUUGUAGCUUACUGAAAUGUCAUUUCAGUGCUAUAUGAUCAAGAUGACCACAUCAGUGUGCAGUGAUUGGCACUAAUCAGACUAACUGCAAAGUGUGCUUUAUAGAUUUUGUUGGUAAAGAAAAUCUUGAGUUAUUGCAUGAAAGGACGGCAGAAGGCGAUCAUUAUUAAAGAGGUGAAGGUCUCAGGCCUCAGCUUAAACCACUGUGUAGAAAAUGCUUUUCAGUAUUACUUUUUCUGUGGGCAAGUUAUCUGAUAUAGUGUCACACCUCAUCAAGGUGUCUCACAUCUUGUACCUGGUGUCUGAUUGUAUUAGUCACGUACGAGCAAUUCCUGAGUGUGCUUUAAAGGUCACAGAGAAACAUAGAAACUAUUCAUUGUUGACCUUGAGAAUUUAAAUACAGAUUGAAGCUUACAGCACACAAUUCUUAUUCAUAAUUAAAGACAAGGGCAGGGCAGUGUGGGAUAUAAUACCUUUAUUAUUGUCCAUUCGCACAAGCAUACAGAUCAUAUCCAAUCCCCAUUGUCAUUCCUUCUGGAAGAAGCUGGAUACGCAGGGCGACUGACCCUUUUGUAAAAACUUUGGUCUGGCUCACUAGUGAAUGUAACACAACACUAACCUGUACACAAUGACAUGCUUAGCAACUGGCCAGUUGGAAGGUGCACUGCAGUAGUAAACCUUCACUGUAGUGUAGUUCACAACACAACACGGCACGGAAUGAAUGACUAAUGAUGCACAUUAUCCCAAAAUUACUGCCCUGGGAAUAAAGGAGAAAGGGUU